CUUCGAUUCAGUGAAUUCAGUUAGUAUACGCUGGGUACUGGGUCGGGUGGUUGCCCAGUGCGUCUCAGCUCCGGUGUAUCGAUCGCACGCCGCCGCUAAACAAUAUCUAGCUCCACAAGUGACUGAAAACAUUCAAAACAAAACACUACACGGCUUAUGAAGUUUAAAAAAACACAGUGAAUUAAUCUAUGAUCACUUAAUUGAACGUUUUCGCGUGUUCCACACGCCCCUUCUACCAAGGUUGUUGUUGGGUUAGCCGGGAGAAAGUUAACAUGAAGGAUAAAAAUCUGCGAGAUGGCGCGCACGAAGCCAUGCUGUCAGAAGGCAAGAAGCCUGUGGUCUCGGCGCAGCAGGCCAAGAGCGACGAGUACGAAGCCCUGCAGUCCUUCCUGCGCAGCAUCAGCUCCACGGCCACCCUGCCACCGUAUGUCAAGGGGGAGACGUAUUCUUCGAAGCGGGGCGUGUUUAACCAGUGUCUCAUCACGUGCGCCGUGCUGAUCCUGGCGGCGGGCGCGGGGCACCCCAUCGGCUUCUCGGCGGUGGCGCUACCCCAGCUGCGCACGGAGAACACCUCGCUGCACAUAGACGAUGAGAUGGGCUCGUGGAUUGCCAGCAUCCACUCGGCGGCCACUCCACUCGGCUCCAUGCUCUCCGGCCCCAUCAUGGAAGCGAUCGGUCGCAAGCGCACGCUCCAGGCGUCCACGCUGCCGCUGGUGCUGGGCUGGGUGCUCAUAGGCACGGCCGCGCGGCACGCGCUGAUCCUGCUGGGCAGGGUGGUCUGCGGCUUUGCUGUCGGGAUUAUGGCGGCGCCUUCGCAGGUGUAUCUCGGUGAAAUAGCUGAGCCAAGAAUACGUGGUCUUCUAAUCGGGACUCCUUUUGUGGCGUACUCAUUGGGAGUCCUUUAUGUCUACGCAUUGGGGGGUGUUUUGCCGUGGCGGAUCGUUUCGUACCUAUGUACGGUGCUGCCUAUGCUGGCAUUUGCAGCCUUAUGCUUCUCUCCCGAGAGUCCAACUUGGCUUGCGCGCCGGGGGAGGUUCCAUGAGGCUAUGGCUGCGAUGGCGAGGCUUCGUGGUGACCCCGACAUUGCACAACGUGAGCUCCACGAGCUGAUCUCAGCGCGAGAGAAAGAGAAGGCACGAGGCGAGGAGACCGUCCCUUUCUUCGCGACCGUGAUUCGGGCGCCGGUGCUCAAACCGCUGAUGUUGAUAAAUGCUUUCAACAUGCUGCAGAUCCUGUCUGGAAGUUAUAUCGUCAUCUUCUACGCUGUCGAUAUUGUCAAGGAUACGGGCGGUGCUAUUGAUUCUCAGAUGGCAGCAAACGCGACAGCGGGCGUGCGUCUCGCCACCACCGUCUUAGCCUGCAUCCUGCUACUGCGAGUGUCUCGACGAGGCCUAGUCCUUGUCUCAGGUGUCGGCACCGCCGUGUCCACUCUAGCCCUAGCCUAUAUGCUCUCCCGAGGACAAGAUGGAGGGGUAUUAGCGUCGGUGUUAGUACUGUCGUAUGUAGGGUUUAAUACCCUAGGUUUUUUCUUGUUACCUGGUUUAAUGGUUGGAGAGCUACUACCCACAAGGGUUAGGGGUUUAUGCGGCGGAUAUAUCUUCUGUUUGUUUAAUGCUGUGCUGUUUGGAUUCACUAAAGCGUAUCCGACGAUGAAGAACGCGAUAGGUAUAAGUGGGACCUUUGGGGUGUUUGGUACAGGCGCGUGUUUGGCUACUCUGGUAUUGUUCUUGAUGCUUCCAGAGACGAAGGGACGGUCGUUGUUGCAAAUUGAGCAGUAUUACCAGAAGCCUAACUACUUCUGGGUGACGAGGAAGAAGAAUAGUGACGGGCAGAAUGUGUGAGAGGGAGAUGGAAGGUUUUGUGUUUGGUUUUGAAUGUAUUGAGUGACCAUGUGGUAGAGUAGGUACUUAAAUGCAGUGUGAUCGUAUUCAGGUACAAAUUAAUGUGGCCGAUUCUGAAACAGUUGACUUAGCUUUAGCGCUGUCUUAACUUGAAUUUUUCUAUGCAACUUAAUAAUAUAUUCUUCCUCAUCAUAAUAUAUAUGCUCCGUUAAAUGUAUUUUUAUAUGCGAUCAUCGCAGGCAGCAUUUAGGCAGCUCUAAAUCUAAGUUUUAUUGCUUAAAUCGGCUCGUAAUGUUUCUCUUCUCAAAUAUGAUACGACCAGUGGUUAGAGUAGAAAUAUUUGACUUGUAUCUCACAUAUUAUAGAAACUUUUAUAGAAUGCAUUUAAAUUUUUACUUGAAUUUAUGUAACUGUGAUUGUAAACAUGUUUGCACUGAGUAAUGUGCACUAUAAAUGUAUAUUAAUACAUAUUAUAUUUAUAUUGUUAUAAUGUUUUAAAAUAUACAUGUAUAUUAUAAUGGAUGUUAUGUAUUAUGUAUGUACUAAAACGAAAAAGACAAAUAAUAAAUCAGCCUGCCGUUUUGCGUAUUGAAAUAUAAAAAUAUAUAAUAAGUGUUGUACCAUGCGAAUGUGCUGGAAACUUGCCUUAAACUGUGUUUGUUUUCGAAUAUUUAUUGCAACUGGAGAUUCCUCAACUGUGAUGUUUAACGACCAUUAAUAAAUAAAUAAAUAAACGUAGGUGCUUCUUCGACAGACAAUUUUACGUGACUAGCUAGUAAGGGCAACGUAAUUUUUGUAUACGUAGAUUAUUUUUAAAAUGUGAUAAUGAUAAGUGAAUAAUAAAAUAAUAAAUAUUUUUAAUGACAACUUA